AAUUUCCAAUUUGAUUUCUCCUCUCCAUUCAUAUCCGAAUCAAUCUCAAUUUUUUUCCUCUGCAUUUUAUCACAGGAGGAAUUCGUAAAGCGGUGGUUUUUGUGUUUUAUGUUUUUGUUUUUGUUUUUUAAUCCGUUGUUUUCACGUCCGCUACAGUAGAAUCUAAAAAUUCGCUGCCAGUUUUUGUUGUUCGUUAAAAUCGCGACAAUUUCUCCCCCAAUUUUCUGGUAGUAUAUGAUUUGCUCAGCAUUUCCGAAACCUAGAAUUUCAAUUCCGAAUGAUCGUGUUUCCCGAUCAAGUACCAGCGCAAUUUUAAAUCCGAGAUUAGAAUUCAACAAAGCUCCAUUAAUCGCGAAAAACUGUUACCUCAAACGGCCGGAGGCGAUUGUGGUUGAAACCGGGAUGGUGACGACAGUAACCGACGGAGCCACCGUAAUGCUGACCUCAGGCGCGAGCGGGAGAAUCAAUGCGCUGCUGUCUCUGCGCGCGCUGAGGAGCGUGUUGCGGCUGAUCAGCGCGUUUUUCCUGAUCCUCCUCCUGCCGUUCCGCGGGAGGAAGCGCUGCGCCGUGGUGGGGGCGGCGCCGGAGUCUCCGGAGAAAGGCGGCGGGAGGGAGGAAAAGGCGGUGGCUGCGACGGGUAAGGUGGUGAGGGUGCCGGCGGCGAUGGUGCCGAUGAAGAGCGCGGCGGCGGUUGUGGACAAGGAUGUGGCGGCGCGGAGGGCGCUGGCGAUUAAGAGGGUGGAGGAGGAUAAUGGAGGCGGCGAUACGGCGAGGGAUUAUUCGUUGUUUGUUACGUCGAGAGGUGACACCAUUUUUACUCAAUCAUGGACGCCCAUCAUGGUUCAAGUCAGGGGACUGGUUGUUCUCUUGCAUGGUCUAAAUGAACACAGUGGAAGAUAUGAUGCUUUCGCCAAGAAACUGAAUGCAAAUGGUUUCAAAGUUUAUGGAAUGGACUGGAUUGGACAUGGUGGCAGUGAUGGAUUGCACGCCUAUGUUCAUUCUCUGGAUGAUGCAGUUAGUGAUAUGAAAUCGUUCCUCAGCAAGGUUUUAACUGAUAAUCCAGGACUUCCAUGCUUCUGCUUUGGACAUUCAACUGGUGGAGCUAUAAUCUUGAAGGCAUUACUUGAUCCAAAAGUGAAACAGCGCGUAGCAGGUAUUGUAUUGACUUCGCCUGCCAUAGGAGUUCAGCCAUCCCAUCCAAUUUUUGCUGUGCUUGCUCCUGUGUUUUCCUACUUGUUUCCUCGGUUCCAAUUAAGUGCAGCAAACAAGAGGGGCAUCGCAGUCUCAAGAGAUCCAGAAGCAUUAGUGGCAAAGUAUUCCGAUCCACUAGUAUUCACUGGAUCCAUUAGAGUAAGAACGGGCUACGAAAUUCUCAGGAUAACGGCGUACUUGCAGCAGAACCUAAGCAGGUUGACAGUGCCAUUUCUUGUCCUCCACGGCAGUGAUGAUUCAGUAACUGAUCCUGAAGCAACCAUGAAGCUGUACAAGGAAGCUUCAUCGAGCGACAAAAACAUUGUGCUCUAUGAAGGUCUCCUGCAUGAUCUACUUUUCGAACGAGAGAAGGAAGAGAUCAUGGAGAACAUAGUUUCAUGGCUAAACAGCAGAGUGUAAGAGUAGGGAUGGAGAAGUGGGCAUCGAUAUGCAAAGAGGCACUUGGGAGUCGAGAAGGCGAUGAAACACCGGUCUUGAUGAAUAACAUCCCUCCUCCAUAUAUAAAGCCUUGUUAAAUUAUGUGUAGAGGAGCAGAGCAAUCUUUGCUCCUAUUUUUUCCUGGGUAGGAAUCCCAGGGAAUGUAAACUGAAUUUAUCUUGUAUUAGAAAGGUAUAGAGUAAUCGAUGAUGCUCAUUCAUCAAGAUUGAUUUGGUUUUAAAUUACAAAAUUUUUUAUUUUGUUAGCUGAA